AAUUUUGCUGUGUGUCCGUGGUGGUGAAGACAACGAGAUUAACAAGAAGCUUUUGAGGGAAGACCCUGCUUGUAAAUUGGUGCACGUAAACAAUCUUCUCCCUUCUUUCAUAGCUUCUUCAAUCUUCACAGAAGAGGAGACCUAAUUUUUUUCCUCUUUCCCUAUCUAUUCUUUCCAAGUUUCUCUCCCCCUUUCCUCUGCAACAAAAAUUAUUAUAGAAAUCAUCGAGGAUAACCUUAUAUUUCGUUUCCUGUUUGUGGGUUUUCCUCGUCUUUCCUAUUCGUGUUUUGGGCUGGUUCGGUUUUGGAACUUUGAGGGACUUUUGGGUGGAUGGCGUCGAUUCAGAAGCAGGAGGUCGAAGAAGAAGACGAGAGAGGAACAGCUGAUCUAAGAAUGAGCGGUGGAGGUGGUGAACAAACAGUUGAUGACAGUAACGGGGAGGAAGACGUAGACAGCGGGGAAAUUCCACCUUCUGAUCCACCACAACCACCAUCUUCUGCCCCUGAUGUGGCUCCAACGCAACAACCAUCCACGGCAGCGCCGCUUGUAUUGCUUAAAGAAGAGCCAACAGACGCAGAGCCAGAGUUGGAGGAGAAACAGUACCCACCCAUUGGAGUUGUACCCGUGGCGAUGCAGAUGCAGACUCAGACUCCUAUGCCCAUGCAGGUUAGAAGAUCAGUGACUCCAGGAAGAAGGGCUUCCACGAAAGACCGCCACACGAAGGUUGAAGGUCGAGGACGGAGGAUCCGGAUGCCGGCGACCUGUGCGGCGAGGAUUUUUCAGCUGACCCGAGAACUCGGUCAUAAGUCCGACGGGGAAACCAUCCGGUGGUUAUUGGAACACGCGGAGCCCGCCAUCAUCGCUGCUACCGGGACUGGGACUGUUCCAGCCAUAGCCAUGUCUGUGGGAGGUACCCUCAAGAUCCCAACAUCAUCCUCUAAUCCCGAAGGCGAGACGACGAAGAAGAAACGAAAGCGGGCGGCAACUAGCGAGUACUAUGAUGUUAACGAUGGAGUCUCCAUGUCUUCUGGUCUCGCUCCCAUUGGAGCAACGGCAGUGGCUGCGGCACCACAAGGUCUCGUGCCCAUGUGGGCAGUAAGCAGUGGAGGAAGAGUUAUACCCUCCAACGCUGUGGCUGCGGGUGCUUUUUGGAUGAUACCUCCCUCUACUGCCAUUGCUGGACCUUCAAAUCAGCCCCAACUAUGGGCGUUUCCACCUGCGACGCCACUCAUCAACAUCUCUGCGAGACCUAUUUCAUCAUUCAUAUCUGCGAUGCAGCCGGGAGCUAUCAAUUUAACUUCUGCCACUCCAGUUGAGGUACAAACUGCUCCGGUCUCCAACAACGCUGCUACAGCUCCUGCAGUAUCAUCAACGCUAGCAAAAGCGGCAAAGUCUUCAACCAUGGCUCCAAGUUCAAGUUCUACCACAACUACCCAGAUGCUUAGAGACUUCUCUUUGGAAAUCUACGAUAAACAAGAGCUUCAGUUCAUGAGCCGUCCUGCUCCUGCAACUCAACAAACACCUUCUUCGAAGCAGUGAGAGGAGGAAACGUUCAAGAAUUGUUAGAAUUUAGAACGUCGACCCUGCAAAGGAAAAGGGUUAUUAUCACUAUUUUUUCGUUAUCUGGGCUUAGUCAUUCGGAAGGUUUAACUUCAAAAUUUUCCAUUUUCAUUGCUUUUACGGAUCAAAUCCCCCUUCCUUGGUCUGUUCGUCGCCGAGCUCUCUGUAAUUCUUUUUCUUGUUCGUCUUCUUUUCGGAAGUGUUGGGGUUGGCACGUGCUUUAGAGUCAUUUAUGCACGUGUGAAGUGGGGCCAGGACACAGGUUAGGCUUGGAGGCUGAGCGCAGAGGGAGGGUGGGGGGAGUGGUUGGGUCCUACAAUCUCCGGUUGGUGUGGGUCAAACAAAGAGGCAAAAGGUAAGGUGCUCCGUGGACCGUGUUGAAUCGUUUCAUUGUGGGCCCAACAUCUGUCUGUCCACGUGAUGGAGGGCGCGGGCCCCAAGGCCCAAUUGGCUUGGUGGCCCCACAAAUUCUUCUCCUCUCGAGGUGGGGACGCGUGGUGGUCCCCAUCUUCUUUUUGGUGUGUGUUUCCUUUUGGUGGUUCGAUCGAGAUGAGAAGGAAAGGCUGGGUUUGGGGUGGCCAUGCCAACACGCAUUUAGCUGUUUCAGUGGGGACCGGCUUGUUCUGCAUGCGACACGUGGAUAUGAAGAGUUGGCUCAACCGAAUAUCCGUUUUAUGAUGAUGAUGAUGGGUCCCCCUUUUUCACUAUUUAGAAACUUGCAAAUAUAACUCAUCUUCCCGCCUUUUUGGAAUUUUUUUAGUUCUUUUUUUUUUUUUAGUUCGAAUUUGUUAGUUAUCUAACUAAUGUUUACCCUUGAUUUAUAUAGAUGGCUUUAAUUUGGAUUCUUCUCUUUGGUCUGACUGAUCUGUAAUCCUGUACCAUUAUCUAAGUAAUAUCAAAGUUUAAAUUUUAGUUUCAA